CCUCCAGACCUGUAUAUCAGUGAAACGCAGCUGCUCGUAUUACGGAUGUGAGAAGCAACCUUGCAUGCCCCAUUCACUUCAGACAUGGCCGACAAGAUACCACAGGAGUCCGGUGCUCGUAUUGCAACAAGGAUAGACAUUUCAAAACCGGGUCUUACUCGAGAACAAAUGUAUUUUAUCCGACAUAUAGAGGUCGAACAGUUGAAGAAGAAGACGCAGAUGCUACGGACUCGAAAUGUAGUGACGGGACUCGCCAUUGGAGCCAUCGUUGUGGGAAUUUACGGCUACACAUUUUUCUCAGUGUCCCAGGAGAAGAUUAUGGAUGAAAUGGAUGAAGAGGCUAAACGUGCAAGACUGCAGGGACCAAAGACCGGAGCCAACUGAGACGCAUGCAUCGCCUGCCUGUUGGACUGUGUGUGUGUCCUGAACUGACAAGGGACUUAAGUGGACACUGAAGCCACUGAUUUAUAUUCCAUGGCCGGGGGCUGUUUUCCAUGUUGAGACGGCGAUGGACUUGUUUGUUGUUGAUUGUGAAGAUGAUGUUUUGUUGCCGACUUGUAACUUGUGUCUUUUUGAUUAAGUUUGCCUGUCAAUGGAAAGGAAGAAUCCACUGGCCUUAAAUGUUACCCAUAAGACCACACUGUAGAGUAAUAAACCCCAUACCGAACAAAUGUCCAGCUCUUAUCAUGUGAUGUGUAUACACUUUAAGGAGAAUAUCUUACAUCUACAGUGGCCUUUUAACAGCGGAGAACCACCAGGGACACAUGAAUUAACCUGAAACAUUUGUUGAUAAAAUGAUUAUCUGUAAAAUAAAAA